AUGAAACGUUCCCAUCGUUAUCGAGAAAUCAAAGAAAAAGUUGCUAAUGAGUAUUACAAUUUGCCGGAGGCAAUCGAAUUUUUGCGGACCAAUAAUCCUGAGAAAUUAAAAAAUAUCAAAAUUAUUAACCAAAAAAAUGUGCUGAAAACUAAAUUAAUUUUGCCUCAUGUAGUCAAAAAAGAAAGAAAAAUAGCGAUAAUUAAGGAGGGGUUGCCUGAGGACAUUUUGGCAGAAUGUCAAAAAAAUAAUGAAGUCAAGUUGUUGACUGCGGCCGAAGUUCGUCAGCAAGUAGAGAAACAAAAAAAAUCUCGUUGGGAUUUCGAAAAAAUAUUGGCUCAUUCUUCUAGCGAAGAGGCAGUUAAACCAUUACAAAAAUUACUAGGUCCCAAAGGGCUUUAUCCGACCAAAAAAAAUGGUUCUCUAACCGAGAGUAUAGUGGAAGAGAUUGCCAAAUUUCAACAAGGAGAAACAGAGUUAAAGACCGACAAAGGAGGCAAUAUUCAGGCCGUAAUCGGCAGUAGCAAUUUUAGUUCCGAGCAGUUGGCUGAAAAUUAUAAAGUGGUAUAUAGCAAAAUAACCGAAUUAAAACCAACCGAAUACCUAAAUCAGGAUUAUUCCAAUAAAAAUGAUACUAAGCAAAUAACUUUUAAUAGCAAUACCUUACAACUAUCCGAACCAGGAGAACUAAUAAUUAGUGAUUAUCCAAAGUUGGAAGAGAUUAAAGCAUUGGGAAAUAAUAAUACUAAAAACAUCACUAAAAUCCUUAAAUGUGCAAAUAACCAACUAACUAAUUUAGACAUUAGUAAUUUCUUGCAACUAAAAGAACUUAUUUGUUACAUAAAUAAACUAACCGAGUUAAAUUUAAAAGAUUAUUCGGGGUUAGAAAUCUUAAAAUGCUUUCAAAACAAUCUAACUAAUCUCAACUUAACUAACUGUCUUAAUUUAGUGGAAAUUAGAUGUAAUCAAAAUCAACUAACUAACCUAACUCUCCCGCCAGAGUUAGUUAAUUUAGAGAAAUUAUAUUGCUGGGGUAAUGAACUAACUAAUUUAGAUUUCUUAGCCAGUUGCAAUCCAGAAAAGUUAGAAGAACUUAGUUUAGGAACUAAUAACUUCCCGAGCCAAAAUUUAACAAUUUUUACUCCUUUUCAGGAAUUAAAAACAUUUCACUUCACUGGUUCCUUAAAACCUUUACAAGAACUGAAAAAAUUAGAAAGCCUGGAUAUUAGAGUCACUGAUAUCAGUCACGGUUUGGAAUAUUUAUCAGAGAGUGUGAAAAAUUUUUAUUGCCUUGAUUCAAAACUAGAAAAAAAAGACCAGCAAGACAAGAUUGCUUUAGUUAUUCCCUCUGAAAGGUUAUUUGUUAUUCGCAGAACCAAAGACAAAGAUAAUCAAACUGAACUAAGCCAACUAAAGUCUCCGGAACAGUUUGACAGAUUUAAAUAUCUCAGUGGAAUAGAAUAUGCUUCUACUGCUACUACUGUAGUUGGAGGUGCUUUAACUUUAUUAGACUUUUCUACCACCGGGGGGGUUAUCGCUCUCACGGCUCCUUUAAUUGGCACCGGAUUAUUGGGAAUACUAAAACAAAUAAAGGCGGGUGAUCUUGGGAUAAUAAAUAAGGCUCUUAAAGAUUUAAAAGAGAGAGUUCGUGAAUUUUUAAAUGAGUAUGACGAGGAUAAUAACGAAGAAAUAGAUGUUAAUGAAUUAACCAACGAACGAAAGAAGUUUAAUGAAGAAUUAGAAAAGGUAGAAAAAAUUGUUGAUGCUAUAAAACUACUAGAAAAUAGGGUGGUUAUUUAUAAGCAGGGGGGUUUAAUUGAAGAAGAAUCACUGAAAACCGACAAUAAACCUUUCCAACAAAUAAUCAAUGAAGAGCAAAUAAAAUUAGAUGAAAAAUCAAAAGAAAAGAUUAAAACAGAAUUUAAAACUAAAUUUCCCACCCGAGAAAUUAUUUUCUUAUUAAAAGGAAAGGAAAACCAGAUUUUAGUUAUCAGUCGAAGUCAGAGUAAUAUUUUCAAUGAUUUCUUGCCGGAAUGGAUAAAUAAAAAUUAUGCUUUAGAUUUGGUUGAAUAUUCUUUUGAAGAAAGAAAAUUUGAUGUAGAAAUAAAAGAAAAGGAGGCGGUUGAGAAGUCCUUGGAAAUGAUAGAAUUGACGGAAGAACAAAAAGAACAGAUUAGAGAAAGGGCCAAGCAAAGCAUUGGUGAUGAGAAAAAAGGUAAAGAAGUGAAAGAAGAAUUAUCAGAAAAGGAGCAAAAAAAAUUAAUCAAAAUAUUAGAAAGAAUGUUGCUAGAAAAAGAGAUAAAAAAACUCCAAACUAACGAACAAACUACCUCCCAAAAUCUUGAAUGCUGUGGACAAAAACAGAAAGAUAAAGGUAAGUCUAAAGAAGUCACUUCUGAAUUAACUAAUAAUGCUCAAGAAAAGCAGGGCGAAAAUUCUUACCAAGCCCAACAAUUACAAGAACCUAAAUAA